AUGCCAUUACCAUCGAGAGUGACAUUAAACCCAUUAAAUCAUUGUCGCAGUGCUCGCUGCGGUGAUACCAUCGCCGCUGCGAGCGGUGGUCGUCCCAUCGAGUUCCCCGAAUUGCUAGAUUGUGCUUGUGUGAGACUCGGCCAGUUACUCGGAUUCGGGUCCAUAACCAUGGGUUACAAUGCACGAGAUCUUGUAGCACUUACCAAUAAGACCCUAUCGAUUAGUAUUAUACAAAAGAAAUUGGCAGCUAUCAAGCUUGGAGUUGUCCCUAGAUACUCUAUAUUGGCAUUAGGAGAAAGAGACGAGACACAGAAGGAGUUCUUACCUCCUGCUACGACCGAGCUUCUCCUCUUUCUAGUUCUUUCAAGGCUUUGA